GGGUACAUCUUUAUUAUGUACAUGGGUACAUACUAUCACACAGAGUAAAAGACCGAAUACAAGACCUAGAUUUUGCUCUCAUCUGAAUUCACCUUGAUCCUGCAUGGCGACUUGUUUUCUUUUCCGGGUAUGCGCACUGACGCUGCGCGGCAAAACACCAGCUUUCCUCCCUUUUUUUGUGUCCCAGUUUUCUGCACAACACUCCCACUCUCCCUGCAGCUCCACGAGCACAGGUACACUCGACUCUACAGGACCAGCUUCAGACAUGUCUCCCAAGGUGGCCGUUGUAACCGGUAGCAACAAGGGCAUCGGGCUGGCCAUCGUCCGAGCCCUCUGCAAAGAAUACCAAGGAGACGUGUACCUGACCUCCAGAGACGCAAGCCGCGGCGAGGACGCGGUGAAGACGCUGGCCGCGGACGGACUGAAGGCCGCGUUCCACCAGCUGGACAUCGACGACGUAAACAGCAUCGCCGCCGCCGCCGCCUACUUCAAAGACAAGUACGGAGGAGUGGACGUCCUCGUCAAUAACGCCGGGAUAGCAUUCAAAGGGGCGGACCCGGCUCCGUUCGCGGUCCAGGCCGAGGUGACCCUCAAGACCAACUUCUUCGCCACCAGAGACAUGUUGACCCACUUCCUGCCGCUCAUUAAAGCUGGAGGUCGUGGGGUGAAAGUCUCCAGCUUGUGGGCUCCCCGUACUCUGGGGGUGCAGGCGGCUCUCUGCCAGCGUUUCCGCAGCGACGACAUCACGGAGGAGGAGCUGGUGGCGCUGAUGCAGCAGGUGACGCGCCCAGAGAAGGGCGAGCACCAGGAGGCCGGCUGGCCCGACACGGCGUACGGGACGUCCAAGAUGGGACUCACGACCCUGUCCAUGAUCCUGGCUCGUCGUCUGUCCAAGGAGAGACCACACGACGGGAUCCUGCUGAACGCCUGCUGUCCCGGCUGGGUGCGCACCGACAUGGCCGGCUCCAAAGCCACCAAGUCCCCGGAGGAGGGCGCUGUGACGCCGGUCUACCUGGCCCUGCUGCCCCCCGGGGCCACAGACCCCCACGGGAAGUUCGUCUCUGAGAAAGAAGUCCAGCCGUGGUGAAAGGGUUAAAAGGAACGUGUGUGUGUGUGUGUGUGUGUGUGUGUGUGUGUGUGUGUGUGUGUGUGUGUGUGUGGUGUGUGUGGUGUGUGUGUGUGUGUGUGUGUGUGUGUGUGUGUGUGUGUGUGUGUGUGUGUGUGUGUGUGUGUGUGUGUGU